AUGAACUCACAGUCGCAAUUCGAUCCAGCCACCGUGAUCGGACUCUCUGGGACCUCUCCGGGAGGUCGACAAGAGUCCAAUUUCGAUAUCUUCGAAUGGUACCCCCGCUUUCAGAGCUGCCAGCGAUACUUUCUCGAUCAUGCCCAGCAUAGCGUCCCCGUCCAGGCCCUAUCCGCCUUCCUCAACAUCAAACUGCCCUUCCAACGACGUCCCGACCCCGUCAUGAACUCGUCCCCCAUCCUCGUCCCUGUGGGCGUCACUCCUGGGGGCUCUGCCGCGGCCAGUCCCCCCGCCGUCUCACUCAUUCCAUACAUUCGCCGCCUGGUCGCCACGGGUAUGGACUUUCCCGGCGUCUUACACGGAUUCUUUGGUGACGACUGGAAUGCGGGAGUCGGUCCUCUGCACGAGCAGGAGCGGCGCAAUUACUUAUUCGCCGCCAAGAGUGGUGGCUGGGCCGCGGUGAAGAAGGACUAUGAUAUUCUCCCGCUCGAGACGAUACCUUUCUUGCGCCCGCUGCAGGGGCCCGUCGACGCGGAAAUAGAAGCCGCCGAGCGCAGUUGGAGCGAAUGGCUCGCCAUGGAAGAUUGGAUGGUCGGCCCUCGCGCCCCGGAUGCCCUUCAUGAUUCUUCGUCGCAAAAUUCCCGGCCGCGCAGUUCUCGCUGA